AUGAGAACCAAGCGUCAUCGCGCCGGCUGGAAAAUACAUUGUUUCGGGGAGAAAUUUAGCGGCAUUGCUCGAUCUCGCGUUAAUCUUUCUUUCGCCUCUUGCAACGGGGAAGGCCCGGCAUUCCCGUUCACGGCCUUUGUUUACCAAAAAAUCACCGCUUACACCACCUCUCAGACAAGACCGGUAAAAUCGUGGCCGCACUUGCGUGAUUUGCCGUUGGUAGACCUCAAUCCGUCGAGCGGUCAUCCGAUUCACAUCCUUAUUGGCGCCGACUUGUACGGCCCACUAUUAUUGAAAGGUCUUCGACAAGGGCCUCUCGGUACCCCUACCGCGCAGCUUACCGUGCUCGGGUGGAUUGUCUCCGGACCUACUGGUAGCUCCGACCGGACGGAAUCCAUCCCCGUUUUCCAUUGUGUGUCGUGCGAGGAUAUCAAUGCUUUGCUUCAGAAAUUCUGGGAAGAUAAAAACAUCCCGUCUCCCCCAAUUAUAUUGGAAGAAGAUGAACAGUGUGAGCAACAUUUUGCCGACACUCACACUCGUGCAUUGGACGGACGCUACGUUCUACGAUUACCGUUUAAAGGCGGCUCUCCUUCUAACCUAGGUGACUCUCUUCCAAGAGCUCUAUUACUUUACGCUAACAUGAAACGGCGUUUAAAUAAAAAUCCGGGCCUUGCCGCGCAAUAUCACGAAUUUCUGUCCAAAUACCAGUCUAUGGGACACAUGGAGAUGAUACAGCCUUCCGAAUCACCGCGACACAAUCCGGUUUAUAUUCCUCAUCACUUCGUAUUACGCGAGUCGAGCUCGAGUACCAAGUUGCGGGUAGUAUUCAAUGCCUCUUCUAAGACUCGCGAUGAAACCUCACUGAACGAGCAUUUGAUGAUAGGUCCCAAACUGCAACAAGACAUUGCGUCGAUAAUUUUGCGCUGGCGAAAAUUUUGCUACGUCUACACUGCCGACGUAGCUAAAAUGUUUCGCCAGAUACGAAUUCAUUCUGAUAAUGCUGACUUUCAGAGAAUCUUGUGGCGACUUCCUACCGCUCGAUCCGCACUAUCGGUUGCUCACGGUGACUUAUGGUUUAGCGUCCGCUCCUUAUCUGGCCAUGCAAGUGCUCCGACAAUUCGCGGUUGA